AUGUUGCUUCGUCGCUGUCACCAACAGCUUCUAUCUUUAGCUGGUUCGAAGAAUUCUAAUAGGUUGCUGUCUCGAACAACUCCACCCCAAGAUAAAGCCUCAACAGCGCGGCCAAGUGCAGUGAUGGGUGUCAGGUCGGAUUUAAAGGUUUCUGAUGUCGAAUCAAAAGUAGGCGAAAAGAAGAAACGGUCGCUCUUCGGCACUAGUGACGCUCCAAUCAAUAUCAACUUUCAAAACAAAAGAGGAAUGAUUGGAUACGAUCCCGAAUUACCGAUAGAAGACAUAAUUAAGGAUCUACCAAAGCUUGCGAAGGAGCAGAGGAAACUACUCAAGGAAGAAAUCUCGUCGAUCUCUAUGACAAUUGAGAAAACAGAGCUGCUAGAAGAUCUAGGAUCAGUACGUCAAGAUGAAGCUCGCAUAGAGUGGAAGUUUGACUCUCCUGAGGCGUUAUCACGCUGGCGCACUGGUUGUGAUUCUGACUGGAAUGAGGGUUUCUCAACUGUGCAGUUUGUCCCAACAGACAACAAAACCGCGAUAUUUAAAGGACAUAUUUGCACUGAAUUAAUAAAAGAUGGACGCAUAGAACGAGCUGGUUGGGCUACAGUAAAGUUGGAGGAUCUAAAAUUUCUUAAUAGAAAGAAGUAUCUGGGCAAAUGGAGGAAUUUCUCCCAUCUUCUCAUCAAGUGUCGUGGUGAUGGCCGCAGCUAUAAAAUAAUGCUUCACGCACCAUUGGCAAUCGAUAUGACAUGGGGAGACUCAUUCUCGUAUCCACUGCACACGCACGGCGGCCCAUACUGGCAGUACGAGAAGAUCCCAUUCUCCAGAUUCUUCCAUACCGUUGCAGGACGAAUUCAAGACAAGCAAUAUCGAGUGCAUCUAGAUGACGUUAGCUCACUUGGUAUUGUUCUCAUGGACCGGAUAGACGGUGAUUUCCAACUAGAAUUGGACUACAUUGGAGUGUAUAACGAUAGAUCACAUUUAGAAGAGUUUGCCUAUGAGACUUACACUCUACCUCUAUUCAGUACACACGGGUUUUAG